CUUCCUCCCUUCCUUGCUUCCUUCCCCUCUCAGGUAAUAUUCGAAGCAGUUUCAGUUCAAGGUCAUCCAGGUUUCAUCGCCGUCGACGACAUUCGAGUUCUGGCUCAUCCGUGCCGUAAAGCUCCUCACUUCCUGCGUCUGCAGAACGUGGAGGUCAACGUGGGUCAGAACGCUACGUUUCAGUGCACCGCCGGAGGGAAAUGGUCUCAGCAUGAUAAACUCUGGCUGCAGCAGUGGAACGGCAGAGACACGGCGCUGAUGGUGACCCGGGUGGUGAACCACCGACGUUUCUCUGCGACCGUCAGCGUCGGCGACACGGCUCAGCGCAGCACCAGCCGGUACCGCUGCGUCAUCCGGUCGGACGGAGGGUCGGGGGUGUCCAACUACGCCGACCUCAUCGUUAAAGCUCCACCGACCCCCAUCGCCCCUCCUGAGCUUCUAGCCGUCGGCGCCACUUACCUUUGGAUCAAACCCAACGCCAACAGCAUCAUCGGAGACGGGCCCAUCAUCCUGAAGGAGGUGGAGUACCGAACCACAUCAGGUAACUGGGCGGAGACCCACGUGGUGGACUCCCCUACCUAUAAACUGUGGCAUCUGGACCCUGAUGUGGAGUACGAGAUCAAGGUCCUUCUGUCCAGACCUGGGGAGGGAGGAACAGGACCGCCGGGUCCGCCGCUGGUCACCAGGACCAAAUGUGCAGAUCCGGUCCACGGUCCCCAAAAUGUCAACGUGGUGGACGUCCGAGCCCGUCAGCUGACCAUCCAGUGGGAGACGUUUGGGUACGCAGUGACUCGCUGCCACAGCUACAACCUGACGGUCCAGUACCAGUAUGUGUUCAACCAGCAGGAGUUUGCAGCGGAGGAGCUGAUCCAGACCUCGUCCCACUACACCCUGAGGGGCCUGAGGCCCUUCGUCACUGUCAGACUGCGUCUGGUCCUCGCCAACCUGGAAGGCAGCAAGGAGAGCGAGGAGAUCGUCAAACAGACGGAAGAGGACGUUCCAGCCUCGGUGCCCAUGGAGUCUCUACAGAAUACUCCGUACGAAGAGAAGAUCUUCAUUCAGUGGAAAGCUCCCAACGAGACCAACGGGGUCAUCACUCUGUACGAGAUCACCUACAAGGCUCUGAGCUCGUUGGACCCCAGCGCCGACCUCACCACCCAGAGGGGACGGGUGUUCAAGCUGAGGAACGAGACCCUCCACUUGUUCGUAGGCCUCUACCCGGGGACCACCUACUUCUUCACCAUCAAAGCCUCCACCAACAAGGGCUUCGGCCCGCCCAUCACCACCCGCAUCUCCACCAAGAUAGCAGCCCCGAUGAUGCCGGAGUACGAGUCUGAGGCUCCAAUGAACGAGACCGAGACCACCAUCACCAUCCUGCUAAAGCCCGCCCACUCACGAGGAGCACCAAUCAGCUCCUAUCAGCUCGUUGUGAAGGAGGAGCGUAAGUCUAAGACCCGCCGCUCUGCCUCCGAGGCCCCCAAGUGUUUCUCUGCUCCGGUGAGCUUCCGUAACGCCUCCUUCCUGGACUCCUCUUACUACAUGGCCGCUGAGCUGAGCCCCUCCAGCCUUACCGUGGUGCAGCCGUUCACAGUGGGAGACAACAAGAGCUACGGAGGCUUCUGGAACCCUCCGCUGUCUCCGGCUAAGAGCUACAGCAUCUACUACCAGGCCAUGAGCAGAGCCAAUGGGGAAACCAAAAUCAACUGUGUCCGCCUGGCUAACAAAGUGGUAAUAGGUAGGGGACAAAUAACAACGCCGUAUAUUCUAGUCAUCCCCAGCGAAGGUGAUUAUUGCUUCAUAGGCACAACAUUUCCUUCCCUAUGUUCUACUUUUUCAUCAAAGUACAGCCAUGAACACGAUGCACUUUCUGUUGGUUGCCCCCAUUAUUUCUCCUCCUUUUGUUUCUGGACUCUUUCUGUUUUUUACUCUUUGGUUUUUAUCUCAUCUUCAUCUUACUGCAUUAGUUGCAUGUCUGCUCUGCUUCCAGUGUCGCUGGCUGUGUUUGAACCUCUUCUUUCUCUGUCUGGCGCACACACACACACACAGACACACACACACAGUGGAACCAUGCUGCUAGAAAAUUAUGACGGAUGUUUCAGGUUUCUCAGCCUCUCAUGCCCUAUAAUGUCUCUUUCUAUCUUUCUGUUUCCUGUCUUUGGCUCCUCCCCUUCCUGCCCUGCCCUGUACCCGCCUUGCCCUUUCUCCGAUAGAGAGAUUCACACAUGGAGAACUCUGAGCGUGGGGAAGUUGGCGAAGAAGCAGAAGGAGACGGCCAGCAGCUCCACUCAGCACAGGGAGAUGGGUCCGGUCACCACGGCUGAUAAGAGCACAACUAAAGUCAGCACGCUGCACAAAGACGACCCGUUCUCCACCUCCAACCAGGACCUCAACGGAUUCACUGCUCCCUCUCCUUGCUCCUUCUCUGUGCAAGGAAGCAAGACACUGCAGAGCAAAUCCCUGCUGAAUUCCUACUACUCAGUCUCUAAAGAGCCGGUUCCAGCCACAACCUCCAUCGACAGCAGCCAGCCGUCUCUCGCCCAGCCCUCUCUCACCCUGCAGAGCUUCCCCUAUGGAGGCUGUGAGUCUGUGGAGCUCUCCUACCAGAGUGGUCAGUUCCAGCCAGCGAUUCGAGUGGCAGACCUCCUCCAACACAUCACCCAGAUGAAAUGUGGCCAGGGCUAUGGCUUCAAGGAGGAGUACGAGGCUCUGGCAGAGGGACAGACGGCACCCUGGGAAACGGCCAAGAAGGAUGAGAACCGCAACAAGAAUCGCUAUGGCAACAUCAUCGCUUACGAUCACACAAGAGUCCGACUGCAGCUGCUGGACGGAGACCCCCACUCUGACUACAUCAACGCUAAUUAUAUUGACGGUUACCAUAGACCCAGACAUUACAUCGCCACACAAGGGCCCAUGCAAGAGACGGUGAGGGAUUUCUGGAGGAUGGUCUGGCAGGAAAACUCGGCCUCUAUUGUCAUGGUUACCAACCUGGUGGAGGUGGGCAGGGUGAAGUGUGUGCGUUACUGGCCAGAUGAGACUGAGGUUUAUGGAGACAUCAAGGUGACCCUGAUAGAAACUGAACCGCUGGCUGAAUACGUCAUAAGAACAUUCACCGUCCAAAAGAAGGGUCAUCAUGAGAUCCGUGAACUCCGUCAGUUUCAUUUCACCAGCUGGCCCGACCACGGCGUUCCCUGUUACGCCACCGGACUGCUGGGCUUCAUACGGCAGGUGAAGUUCCUCAACCUGCCUGAUGCUGGGCCUAUAGUGGCACACUGCAGUGCUGGUGCAGGAAGAACGGGCUGUUUCAUUGCAGUGGACAUCAUGUUGGACAUGGCAGAGACUGAGGGCGUGGUGGACAUUUUCAACUGUAUCCGAGAGCUGAGAUCACAACGAGUCAACAUGGUCCAAACAGAGGAGCAGUACGUGUUUGUUCAUGAUGCCAUAUUGGAGGCCUGUCUAUGUGGGAAUACAGCCAUUCCAGUGUGUGAGUUCAGAGCUAUUUACUACAACAUCAGCAGAUUGGACCCACAGACCAACUCCAGCCAGAUUAAAGAUGAGUUCCAGACACUGAACAUAGUGACCCCUAGAGUCCGCCCAGAGGACUGCAGCGUGGGUUUGCUACCCAGGAACCACGAUAAGAAUCGCAGUAUGGACGUUCUAUCAGCAGACAGAUGCCUGCCUUUUCUCAUAUCUGUGGACGGAGAGAGCUCCAAUUACAUCAAUGCUGCAUUAAUGGACAGCCACAAACAGCCGGCGGCCUUCAUUGUUACCCAGCAUCCUUUGCCAAACACCAUGGGAGACUUCUGGAGGCUUGUGUUCGACUACAACUGCUCCUCCAUCAUAAUGCUUAAUGAGAUGGAUGCAGCGCAGUUAUGUAUGCAGUACUGGCCAGAAAAGAGUUCGUGUUGCUACGGUCCCAUUCAAGUUGAAUUCAUAUCGGCAGACAUUGACGAAGACAUCAUCAACCGAAUCUUCAGGAUCUGCAAUAUGGCCAGGCCGCAGGACGGUUACCGCCUGGUGCAGCACUUUCAGUUCAUUGGCUGGCCGGCCUACAGGGACACGCCCCUUUCUAAGCGCUCCAUCCUCCAGUUGGUCAGGAGGUUGGCGAAGUGGCAGGAGCAGUAUGACGGAGGAGACGGGAGGACGGUGGUACACUGCCUUACCGGUGGAGGGCGUUCUGGAACGUUCUGUGCCAUCUGCAGCAUCAAUGAGAUGAUCCAGCAGCAGAACAUCGUGGAUGUUUUCCACACCGUCAAAACACUGAGGAACAACAAGACUAAUAUGGUGGAGACCAUGGAACAGUACAAGUUCUGCUAUGAAGUGGCUCUGGAGGCACUCAGCUCCUUCUGAUUGGCUUUCAGAGGAAUUUUUCAACUCAACGCUGGAACACACAAUGUACAAAACCCAACCUGUGAGCGUAUGUGUGUGAUUCCGUGUGCAGAAGAGAGGGCAUGCUUGCAUAUUAGCAAGCAUUAGUGUGUGUGAGCAUCCAUUGUGUGCCUGUGACAACACACACAGACAACCUGUACAGAAGAGAGAAAAA